UAAGCACACCUUUGAAGGACGAGAUAAUAAUAACAAACCACAGAAAGACGGAAGAGAGCGUCGUAUUAUCUCUUGUAUAUUUAUAAAGUAAAUGAUACGCGCUUUAUUCGAUCAAACAUGAAUCAGGAGAAAUAUCCACGCUCAUCCAUCGAGGAUGAUUUUAAUUAUGGCACGAAUGUGGCGACGGCGAGCGUCCACAUCCGGAUGGAUUUCCUCCGCAAGGUCUACACAAUCCUGUCAUUGCAGAUUAUCAUCACCACUGCUGUAUCUGCCCUUUUCAUGCUCUGUAACCCUGUUAAAAACUUUGUGCACGAGAGUCCCUCUCUGGUGUUGAUAUCUGCUAUCGGGUCCCUUAUCCUGCUUCUUGCCUUGGCUGUGUACCGUCACCAGCACCCCAUUAAUCUUUAUUUGCUCUUUGGGUUUACUUUGCUGGAGUCUCUGUCUGUAGCCACUGCGGUGACAUUUUAUGAGUACACCAUAGUGCUCCAGGCCUUUGUCCUCACGUCUGCCGUGUUCCUUGGUCUCACUGCCUACACUUUUCAGUCUAAAAGAGACUUCAGCAAGCUCGGAGCCAGUCUGUUUGCUGGCCUGUGGAUCUUGAUCAUUGCGAGCUUUAUGAGGCUUUUCUUCUACAAUGACACGAUGGAGUUGGUCUUCGCUGGGGCUGGAGCUCUGCUGUUCUGCGGGUUCAUUAUUUUCGAUACUCACCUGCUGAUGCAUAAGCUUUCACCGGAGGAGCACGUCCUGGCAUCCAUCAACCUGUACCUGGACAUAGUCAACCUGUUCAUCUACAUCCUGCGCAUCCUCGACUCCAUGAAGAAACACUGAAUGUUGUGAUGCUCUUCUUCACUUUUAGAGUUGAGAUGAAGCUCCUCAAGACACUCUUAUUUUACUGUAGUUUCCCCUUGUUUCCAAACCAGCUGCAUACUUCCAACUUGCAAGCAGUAUUUGUAAUUUAAAGGCUAAAUGUGAAUGUUACAAACAUGAUUGUACAACUUAACUUGAUCUGCUAACUGUGUUGCUAAUUAAGAUUCCUGUUUUUAGCUGA